AAGCAAGAGAGGAUAAAGGGGACAGAGAAGGCAUCCCCCAUACACCCCCUAUUCCAUAGGUAAUUCGUCUCGAGUUAUUUUUAAGACCACAGAUCCCAAGGGGGAUUAGACAACAGCCAAUCACAUAGCGCGAAUGUGUUUCGCGUGGAUGACCCACGCUCAGAGCCACGCGUCCUUCACGAAUUGACGCAGAACAAAAUGGCGGAAGACGCGAGAGCGAUAUUGCUAUUCGUUUUGUCGACGAAAACGACUACAGAGAGAUUUCUGCUAAAGCUGUGUCAGCGAAACGGAAAUUAA